UUGACUGUUCAAGCUCCUAUUCUAACAGUUCACUCUAAGACCAAACUAAUAGUCGAUAUAUCGGCAUUGCUUUUCUCCUCUCGUUUUUAGCCAGGCAAGACACAAUCCAUUUGACUGAAGUGGGUACAUGAAAAAGGAAAAAGAAGAAAGCAGAGGAAGAAAUGAGUGGGUAUCCAGUACCAGUACCAGUACCAGUACCCAGAGCCGAGUCGAUUCACCAUAAACUCUACGAGUUCGCUAAAACCGCCCUCAUCAAAAUCUUUGUCCAUCCAUAUGCCACCGUCUGCGACUUGUAUUGCGGCGGCGGAGCUGAUGCAGAGAAAUGGGAUGGAGCUCAAAUCAGUCAUUAUGUUGGAAUUGAUGUUGUGUCAUCUGGGAUAAAUGAAGUGAGGGAAGCAUGGGAGAGUCAGCGCAAAAGCUUCACUUCUGAGUUCUUUGAGGCUGAUCCUUGCACCGAUAAUUUGGAAACCCUGUUGCAAGAGAAGGACAUUCAGGCUGAUCUUGUCUGUUGCUUGCAGCAUUUGCAGUUAAGAUUUGAAACUGAAGACAAAGCAAGGAGACUUCUAAGUAAUGUGUCAUUUUUGUUGAAACCAGGGGGUUAUUUUUUCGGUAUUACUCCUGACUCAUCUACCAUAUGGGCAAAGUACCAGAAGAAUGUUGAAGCAUACCACAACAGAAGUAGCAGCAUGAAGCCCAACAUCGUUCCCAAUUGCAUUCGGUCUGAGAAUUACAUGAUCACCUUUGAAAUUGAGGAAGAGAAGUUUCCGUUGUUUGGAAAGAAAUACCAGUUGAAAUUCUCGAGUGAUGUUGCUGCUGAGACCCAUUGCUUGGUUCAUUUUCCAAGUUUAAUCAGGUUGGCUAGAGAAGCUGGUCUUGAAUAUGUGGAGAUUCAAAACUUAACUGAAUUUUACGAUGAUAACAAAUCACUGUUUGCAGGCAUGAUGAUGAAUGCUGGUCCAAAUCUUCUUGAUCCACGAGGGCGACUUCUUCCUCGAUCUUACGAUGUUUUAGGUCUCUAUACAACAUUUAUAUUUCAAAAACCUGAUCCAGAUGUUGUCCCCCCACUUGCAACCCCAUUAUUGCCAGACAGUAGUUAUGACAAUGAUGAGAGCCAGUGGGAAGGGGCUGGGUGGGGAGAAGAUGAGAUGAAUGGACAAGCAGAGCAGCCACCUCCACCUCCACCAUCGGCUCCAGCUCCAGCUCCGACUCCGGCUCCACCACCUCCACCUCAUGGACUAGGGAAGAUAAGUGAGCAGAAGGGGAUUUUGGGUCCUGGUCCAGCAGAGUUGCGUUUCUCUGAAGCACUUUGACUUGGAAGUAGCAAAGAAAAGAAAAAAGGAACUAACCAGGGGAGGGGCAUUGACCUUGUAAUGGAAACUAAGUAUGAAAUAAUUUUUAGUAUGUAAUUUUCUUUCAACUUUUGACACUGAUUAGAGAACUCUACUCUAUAUUGAACACAUCUAAAUUGAUUUUGAUAAGGUUCACUUGAAUGAAGUUGUAGAUACACUUCUGUCA